AAUUUACUAUAUAUCAAAAACUUAUUCCAAAUAUAUUUAAUAAAAAAUGACUUUAAUCGAUAAUAUUCGUGAUUGGUUUACCGAUGAUUCUGCACGAAAUAAAAAUGCAUCAAUAUUAUCUGGAUUUUUGUUCUUUGCUGGUUGGUGGUUCCUUAUCGAUGCCAUGUCAGUUGACCCCAAACACCAAAUUACCACGGGUCAAGUGUUUGUUGGAAUAUUUGGGACAAUUAGUUUCUUUAUGGUCAAUACUGUUAAGAAUUCUCAUAUAAAUGAAAAUUCCGAUGAAUCUGGAGCAAGAGUAGCCAAAAUCUGGCUUUUAAUUGGUUUUGUUAUGGGAUUUGCUUCUGUCAUUGCUGCCGUUUGGAUUAUGAUUGAUGAUUUUAUUAAUAAUCCUAAAAAAGAUAAUUGGCCAGGAGUUGCUUUGCUGAUGCAAAAUGUCUUUAUUCUUGUUGGCAGUUUAGUUUAUAAAUUCGGUCGCAACGAAGAAAAUUGGAAUGAUUCGUAAAUUUGUCGAAGUCUAUUUCGAUUUUUUUUAGGAAUCUUUAGCAUUUACGUUUUUAUUUACAAAAUUUAAAAGAAAAUGAUUUUUUUUUUAUUUUGUAA